AUUUUUUAUUAUUUUCUUAGAAUUGUCAGUUAUUUUUAUGGAAAACACGACAAGCUGAAACGCGUGUUUACCUUUUGGCUUUGUUGAUUGGUUGAAGUUGGAACACUGAUGAAAGAAAUUGUAUUAGAUUGGUGUUUUUGGAUUUCAAAACUUAAAAAAUGGGAGAAUUGAUUGAAAAAUUGAGACCACUGCGUUUAAAAGAUUAUUUUGGGCACAAAAAUGUCGUUGGCAAGGAUACUUUGCUGGGAAAAAUGCUGGAGAAAAAGGAAAUUAGUAGCAUGAUUCUAUGGGGACCAACUGGAUGCGGAAAGACUUCUUUGGCCAACAUAAUUGCCAACAUGAACUCCAACAAUUCAUGUUUCAUAAAACUAUCAGCAACAGCAUGCGGCAUCGGUGACAUCAGAAGGGCGUUAGAAACAGCCUCUGAUGACAAGAAAAAAUCUACGCACUCUUCAAGUUCAAUAAUAGUCUUUAUGGAUGAAAUUCAUCGCUUCAAUAAAUUGCAACAAGACAUUUUCUUGCCACACAUCGAAGCCGGAACAUUUACGCUGAUCGGAGCGACGACUGAGAAUCCAUCAUUCAGCUUGAACUCAGCUUUAAUGAGCCGCUGUCGGGUUUUCAAAUUCGACAAAUUAACAUCCGAUGACCUUCAAAGUAUCAUUUGUCGUUCGUUAGCGUUAAUCAACAAUAAAAUCCACCUUGUAGACAAUAAAUUUACAGAGCGAACUGACAUUGAAUUUGACUGUUAUCAACCAGAAUAUGCCAUCGAUGAUCAUGCCUUGAAGUGGUUAGCAGAGAUGUCUGAUGGCGACGCAAGGAUCGCUCUUAAUACCGUGGAAUUGAUGGUCAAGUUAUCUGAAGAUACGGAGGCUCAGAUUAAUUUUUCUUUACAAGAUGUCAAGACGAAUAUCCAGAGAGCGUACUUGUUGUCCGUAAAAGAAUGUGAUCAGAACAAAGAUUUGGUUUCAGCCAUGCACAAGUCGAUCAGAGCUGGCGAUCUUAAUGGUGCCUUGUAUUGGCUUGCUAGAUUGAUGGCUGCUCGGGAAGAUCCGGUUUUUAUUGGGAAAAGAUUGAUUCGGAUCGCUAAUGAAGAUAUCGAUAUUUCCGAUCCUCAUGCUCUCGAUACUGCUGUACAUACAAUGAACGCUUGUCAAAUGAUUGGGAUGCCAGAGUGUGACGUAAUGUUGGGACAGUGUGUUAUUUAUUUAUGUAAAGCGAAGAAAAUUAAAUUUAUCGACAGGUUUAAUAGUGCCGAAGAUAUGAGUGGUAAUUAAUUUUUGGAGAUUGUAUUUAUUUUUUAUAAGAAUUUUUAUUGAGGCCAGAAGGAAAGUUAUGUAUAAAUUUUAUCAUUAAUGAAAAAUGAGACAGAAAUAGAUUACAAAAGAGACAAGAAGAAAUUUUGAAUGCUUUUUUUAUUUUUAAUUUUUAUACUUAGAAAUAGAAUUUAAUUUAUUGAAAAUAAUUUU